UCGGGAAUGAAAUGCUCAACUAGUGCUGCCAGAAUAACACGAGAGGGGGAGGUUUAGUGUGCGAGGAGCGUAAAGCCAAAGUUGAGGUGUCAUUUGUGAUCUCAAUUGAGUAAACGCACACAAAUGGUACGAGUGAAGAAAUCAAGAGAGAGAGAGAGACAGGAGGGGCCGUCCUUACUUGCUCUUCUAAGCAGGAGUGAGAGGAGGUCCAGAGGGAGGAGGCACACGGGGAGAGCAGGAUUGAGAAAGAGAGUGAGGAAAAGAAGUGGCGCUCUGUUUGCGGAGCAGUCUGGGACCAUGCUGUCAAGUAGCUCUCUGAUCUGGAUUGGGGCGCUGCUUCUGGGGCUUGAGGCUUCGCUGACCAGGGCAUCUGAUUUCCAGCACCAUGCUUAUGAGGAGAUGGUGAGGGCUCUUUUUGCCGUCCAAAGCGAUUGCCCCUACAUCACUCGCAUCUACAGCAUCGGUCGCAGCAUAGAGGGACGGCACCUAUAUGUCCUGGAGUUCAGUGAUAAUCCUGGCAUCCAUGAAGCAUUGGAGCCUGAGUUCAAGUACGUAGGGAACAUGCAUGGGAAUGAGGUGCUCGGCAGGGAGCUGCUCAUCAACUUAGCCCAGUUCUUGUGCGAGGAAUACCGGGCAGGAAACGAGCGAAUCACGCACCUCAUCCACGACACACGGAUCCACAUCCUUCCUUCGAUGAACCCAGAUGGAUAUGAGGUUGCAGCCAGGCAGGGUCCAGAGUUCAACGGCUACUUAGUGGGACGUGGAAACUCAAAGGAGAUGGACCUGAACCGCAACUUCCCAGAUCUGAAUGCUCUUAUGUUCUACUAUGAGAAGCACAAUGGCCAAAACCACCACCUGCCACUACCAGACAACUGGGAACUACAGGUUGAGCCAGAGACUUUAGCGGUGAUAAAAUGGAUGCAGAAUUACAACUUUGUUCUGUCGGCUAACCUCCACGGUGGAGCUGUAGUCGCCAACUACCCCUUUGAUAAGUCUCGUGAGCCCCGAAUAAGAGGCAAAACGACAUACUCGGCUACCCCUGAUGAUAAAAUAUUCAAAAAGUUGGCAAAGACAUACUCCUAUGCCCACAGCUGGAUGCAUAAGGGCUGGAACUGCGGUGAUUACUUUGAUGAAGGAAUCACAAAUGGAGCCAGCUGGUACUCUCUGUCUAAGGGGAUGCAGGACUUCAACUACCUCCACACAAACUGCUUUGAGAUUACUCUGGAGCUCAGCUGUGAUAAGUUUCCUCCAGCGACAGCUCUAGCCAGUGAGUGGCUUGCCAACAGAGAGGCUCUGGUGUCCUACAUGGAGCAAGUGCACCAUGGGAUUAAAGGCAUGGUCUAUGAUGAGAACAACAACCCAAUUAGCAAUGCCGUGAUCUCUGUUGCAGGCAUAAACCAUGAUAUCACCAGCGGAACGGAUGGAGACUAUUUCCGUCUGCUCUUGCCGGGUACCUACACAGUGACGGCUUCUGCACUAGGAUACCAACCCUUUACCAGCAUGGUAACAGUGGGACCGGCUGAAGCUGUACAGUUGCAUUUCUAUUUGAAAGUUCAACCAAAAGGGACAAACUUGAACAUUAAAGGUUAUCCCAACAAGAAAGGUUCAUCAACGGCUAAAAUUCCUCCGACCAACCUUGGCCCAAGAUAAAGAGCAAGAACUCUUCCCUCGACAUAGACAAAACAAGUCUUUGCUUUUUAAACUGAUGAACAACCAAGGGAAACAUGGACUCUCACUGUGACGAACCUCACUUUACUAUAUCAUGUAGAUUCUCUGUUGUUUGUAAAUGCAUAAACGUGUGUUUUUCAUUGUGAAAUCCAUAUUUUGCUCUCAUGUUCUUGUGGAACUUAAAUAUAUAUGUAUGUCUUAUAGCGGCUUGGAACAGGAAAAAGUAAUGUACUGUAAAAAA